GCUUGGGCGUGAGGAAUGCAAGGUGGUGUCAGUGAGCAGCGAUUAGGACGGUGGAAUUUUGCAUUUGCUACAGCGGCAGCUGGAGCGAGCGGCCUCGGCUGGCGCGAGCGAGGGCAGAGUCCCCAGCCGGGCGCGGCGGGCGUGGGAGCGGGGCGCGGGGAGGGCGGGACUUUGGAAGACAGCGGGGAUCCGGCGGCCACGGGUGCUGGGGGCGGCUCCUCGCAGCCUCUGGGACUCAGGUCCGUCCGCCGCCCGCCCAGGCGCGCUCGCACUCCUGGAGCUCAUUCCUGUUGCCUUCAGCCGCGUUCGGCUAAGGACCCGGUUGCCAUGGUGAAGGAGAAAGUGGCCCACCCUCAGGACCCUCACCACCCGUCAGAGAAGCCUGUCAUUCACUGCCAUAAAUGUGGAGAGCCAUGCAAGGGCGAAGUGCUUCGGGUCCAGACCAAACAUUUCCACAUCAAAUGCUUCACCUGCAAAGUGUGCGGCUGUGACCUGGCCCAAGGGGGCUUCUUCAUAAAGAACGGGGAGUAUCUCUGCACCCUGGACUACCAACGGAUGUACGGGACCCGCUGCCAUGGCUGUGGGGAGUUCGUGGAGGGUGAGGUGGUGACUGCCCUGGGCAAGACCUAUCACCCCAACUGCUUUGCUUGUACGAUCUGCAAGCGCCCGUUUCCACCCGGAGACCGAGUCACGUUCAAUGGGAGAGACUGCCUCUGCCAGCUGUGUGCCCAGCCAAUGUCUUCCAGCCCUAAAGAAGCCACCUGCUCCAGCAACUGUGCUGGCUGCGGAAGAGACAUCAAGAAUGGGCAGGCGCUGCUGGCGCUGGAGAAGCAGUGGCACUUGGGCUGCUUCAAAUGCAGAUCGUGUGGGAAGGUCCUCACCGGCGAGUACAUCAGCAAGGAUGGUGCCCCGUACUGUGAAAAGGACUACCAGGGGCUCUUCGGCGUGAAGUGUGAAGCCUGUCACCAGUUUAUCACAGGGAAAGUCCUGGAGGCAGGUGACAAACAUUACCACCCCAGCUGUGCACGAUGCAGCAGAUGCAACCAGAUGUUCACAGAAGGAGAGGAAAUGUAUCUUCAAGGUUCCACCGUGUGGCAUCCCGACUGUAAGCAGUCUACUAAGACGGAGGAAAAGCUACGGCCACCAAACAUUCAUCGUUCUCCAUCUGAUUUCUUUUAUCCCAAAAGUCUGAUUCGCCGCACAGGACGGUCUCCAUCUCUCCAGCCUACCAGGACCUCCUCUGAAAGUAUUUAUUCUAGACCCGGGUCCAGCAUCCCUGGCUCACCGGGCCAUACUAUCUAUGCAAAAGUAGACAAUGAAAUCCUGGAUUACAAAGACCUAGCAGCCAUUCCCAAGGUCAAGGCAAUCUAUGACAUCGAGCGUCCAGACCUCAUUACUUAUGAGCCUUUCUACACUUCGGGCUACGAUGACAAACAGGAGAGGCAGAGCCUUGGAGAGUCUCCACGGACUUUGUCUCCUACUCCAUCAGCAGAAGGCUACCAGGAUGUUCGGGAUCGGAUGAUCCACCGGUCCACCAGCCAGGGCUCCAUCAACUCCCCGGUGUACAGCCGCCACAGUUACACUCCGACCACAUCACGCUCACCCCAGCAUUUCCACAGACCUGAGCUCUUGUCUCCUGGUGUGCAGAGGUUGUCCCACCUGCGCACCAGCAGCUUCAGCUCCGCCCACGGCGACUCACGCCCCAACCCCCCCUUCAGACACCACUUCCUCCCCCAUAUGAAAGGCAAUGAGCCGUCCAGCGGCCGGAACUCCCCUCUCCCUUACCGGCCCGACAGCCGCCCUCUAACUCCAACUUACGCUCAGGCCCCUAAACAUUUCCAUGUUCCAGAUCAAGGGAUCAACAUUUACCGAAAACCACCCAUCUACAAGCAGCAUGAUGCAGCUGCCUCGGCAGCCCAGAACAAGUCUUCAGAAGACAUCAUCAAGUUUUCCAAGUUCCCAGCAGCCCAGGCACCAGACCCCAGCGAGAUACCAAAGAUUGAAACAGACCACUGGCCUGGUCCCCCCUCACUGGCCGCCGUAGGAACUGACACGAGACGCAGAUCUAGUGGCAGAGAGGAAGAUGAGGAGGAACUUCUGAGACGCCGGCAGCUUCAGGAAGAACAGUUGAUGAAGCUUAACUCAGGCCUGGGUCAGUUGAUACUGAAGGAGGAGAUGGAAAGGGAGAGCCGGGAAAGAGCAUCCCUGUCAGCCAGUCGCUAUGACUCCCCCAUCCACUCAGCUUUACCUGCUCCAUCAUCAAAAACCUCAUCUCUCCCUGGCUAUGGAAGAAAUGGACUCCACCGGCCUGUCUCCACCGACUUUGCUCAGUAUAACAGCUAUGGGGAUGUGAGCGGGGGAAUGCGAGACUACCAGACCCUCCCGGAUGGCCACAUGCCCGCCAUGAGAAUGGACCGAGGAGUGUCCAUGCCCAACAUGUUGGAACCAAAGAUAUUUCCAUAUGAAAUGCUCAUGGUGACCAACAGAGGGCGCAACAAAAUCCUGAGAGAUGUGGACAGAACCCGACUGGAGCGCCACUUAGCCCCGGAAGUGUUUCGGGAAAUCUUUGGGAUGUCCAUACAGGAGUUUGACAAGUUACCUCUUUGGAGACGCAACGACAUGAAGAAAAAAGCAAAACUCUUCUAAGUCCUGCACAUAGAUGGCAGUUAGAAAAAGAAAAGACUGUCAAGGCAGCAAUGCCUAGGAUGUGUAUUAAGGCCCAAACUUGAUUGGAGAAUUUACCAUCCCUCAGCAACAACAAAAAGGGAAGUCUUGUCACGACACCGAUGAGCCAAAUACCGGGCCAACCAACAAUAACACUUGCCAAGCAGCAAUGGGGUAGAAAUUUCUAUGUUCCCAAACUUAGCAGUAGUGUCCACCUGUGAUCUUUUUACAUGACCUCGUGUCCACAAAGGAGCUCCCCUCUUUCUUCUUCUGUUUUCCUUUAACUGUUGUCCACCAGAGUGCUGACUGUACUGACAAGAGCCAGCAAGUGCCCUUAGGAUGCUGCUCGGGAAGAAACAGUAUGCUAAUUCCAAAGUAUAACUGUAUUAUCAUGUAGCACUGUGCUAAGGAGGAGUCGGCCGAGGACUGCGUCCCUGUGAUAGCGACAGUUUUGCGCACACCUCUCCUUACCAGCCUCAGACAGCGGCGCCUGUGCACAGGCAGGCGUGGGAAUCAGGAACGGAGACGGGCAGCUCUGACCAGGUGGAUGACUAUUGGGAAGAAUCAUUUUUGACAAGCUCCUUAUUCUCUCUCCCGUUUGCUGGGAACAGGCUGGCUCAUUGCUUGGCCCUUAGUAGAAUUUUUAUAAGAGAAAAGAAAAGGGAUGAAGGAAACCAUCUCUGAGCGCUCUCCUGCUUCAGGCAGUGUGCCGAAUCCUUCCUCCCCACCAAGGACAGGAGCCGGCUUGGGCUCUGCCUUUGCAGAGAGAGGAAAGACGCAAACUGUCUCCAGAUUGGCCUGGCUGCAUGCUGCUGGUGAUGUCUGCCCAUGGAUUCUAUCGCUCUUAGAAAAAUUACUGUCCUGCCACCAACCCGGGCUCUUCUACGCAGUGUCCCUGCUCUGUGCAGCACCCUGUGAGUCAGAUCGAGCCCACACUGAUUUUCUUCAGUAAUCGGCUAAGGAAAGGCACGUUUUUCUCUUCAGUCUCUGCAACUCCAGAGUAGAUUGCAUCAAACAGAUUUAUGUUGCCCAGCACUGUUAACUUCAUGGAGUGGAAGUGUGUGUUUGUAUGUGUGUCCAUGUGCGCGUAACUCACCCAGGGCAAUUCUGUGAGUCUGCAUGUGCUUUAUAAUUUCUGCUUGGAUGUCCCACGGUGAUGCUGCUCCUAAGGGACAUUUGCAUGUGACUCGAAGAUCAAGAAUGAGGCUAAGCCCUGCCCCCAACAUCACCUCCUUCGGGAAGAGGUGUUGAUGCUUGGAAGCUAGCAUUUCCAUGUGCCGAUGCAGCUCCUAGUGGGAUCCGGCUGCUUUGGAGCUCAGAGAAUCUCACCAGGGUCCUCAUACUCCGCAACUCUCAGUUCAUAUUGGAGCCUCAUUCUCACCAAAAUGUGCAGAUAAGACCACAUUGUGAGGCCUGGCAUGAGUUGGAUAAAGGAGACGCUGUAAGGUUCAGUCACAUUUGUUUUCAUGCUUUGAGGCUCUGCUUAAGAGUUUAAGCUCUGUGUUAAAGCCAAAGGAGAAAGUUUGGAAUUCCCCUGCAAAGUCCUUUGAGAAAAGACGCUCAGAGAUUCUUCCCCCCUGCACCAAGGACUAGGAUCACCAGCUGUCCACCCCAGUGGUAAAGAGCAAGUUGUAGAGUUUCUGAGCUUGUGCUGCAGACCUGAGACUUGUGCCCCUUCUGCCUGUUGGGUCUGAGUGCUGCGGCAAAUACUGUAGCUGCUCUAAGUAUUCCUCUGUGUGCUUACUGAGGGGAUCUAAGUUUGAGAACUACUCUCAUGAAUCCCUGUAUGUGUGCAUGUAUGUGCUGGACCCACUGACAUACGCAGCAGGUGGCUCUGACAGAAUGGGCCUGAGCAGAGGAGACUGGCUUCUGCUUGGUCUGAGGCAGCCUGCAGUUUUCCCCUGCAGGCCUUGACUGCCUCUCAUGUCUCCAUGUCUUCCCUGUCUUCUCUCUCUGCACAGACUUCUAUGUCCUAGUUCUUGCUUUGCCCUGGCAGAGUGUAGAGGUGGGGACUAAGGUGCAUUCACAGUGUCUCCCCACCAUAGUCCCACCAUAAUGGUGACUAUGGCUAUGUGGGCCCCCGCACUUGGAUGAUGGAGAGAAUUUUUUUCAUUAUGGUGAUAAAGAACCUGCCAUGUUUUUCUUUGGUUAGUGAGUGAUCACCCAUAAAAUGCAGAUCACAUGGCCAGGGUGAGAAAAAUGAAGGUACUUGAAUGGCUUAGCUAGGGGUCUUAUUGUUCUACAUUAAAAGGACAUGGCUUUGUCAUGCAGUAGGAAAAUUAGACAAAGAAGAGACCAUCCUCCUCUUUAUGUUGCAGAGACUUAGAAAGAAGUGUCUGCCGAAGGUUGCAAUGAUAGUUACAGAACUGGACUCUAAAUUCUACUAACGUGAAAGACACCCUGCUUUUCUUAUAUCUUUUAAUGCAGUUCUGUACCCAGCUUAAAAUUUUUUUAUAAGGCUUCUUUCCAUAUCAAGCAUACUGGUUCAUCUAAACUGUACAUGCAAAAAUGCAAUUACUAGAAAACAUCAGUGGCCCCCUGUCUCUAAGCAGAGUAGGGCUCUGCUCUGGGGAGGGGCCACUGGAGACGGUUAUCUGGAGCGGGGGCCCGCGUUUCCACUCCCAGGGAGGAGGCUCCAGUUGGCAGAUGGUCAGGGAGCCAUCUGGUUCUAACUGCCUGACCCAGGGCAUGGGUUACAGUGCCCUCUCCAUUUUAUUAAACUGAGCUCAGCAUGCUUGACCUCGAAAUGUCUAGGCCACAACACAGAAGAGAAACCCUACCCUGUAUUAUACAGAAAAGUGUGAACUGUAACAUAAUCAAAGUCACUUACUCACUCUAGGGAAAGAAUUACAUAUAUGACAGGCUCGGUGCAUAUAUUAAGGGCUACAUUUUCAAGCAUUUGACUUAUUUAUGACUUGAAGUGCAUAUUAACUGCAUGAGGUCGAAGGGGCCUCUAUGACAAUAGGAGGGUCAGUGCUUCCUUUAAAAUGUCUUCAAGGAAGUGCAGGCUAUCAUGUGUUCUUCCUGUGUGAUUUACUUGGAGACAUGAAGAGCAUCUGAAAACCUGUACAGCUAGCUAUGCAUCUCAGUUUUGGUUUGGGGUUUGUUAUGAAAUGUUUUUAAUAGAACUUCUUCAGGAAUUCAACAUAAACUGCCUGUUCUCUGCAACCUCAAAGAGAGAAAUUAAAAUUGAUGGAUAAUAAGGUACCAAAAAAAAAAAAAAAAAAACUACUUUGGGAUGGUUUUCUAUCUGUGAUGUCCUCUAUUCUUCUCCACCCCCAACCCCAAACCUGCUGCCUUCUCUUCCGAGGCCCAGGCUGGAGGAGUUUUCUCUCCCAGCCAUCCGUUUCCCCAUCAUUGUCCAAUAUCCGUCACCCAUGACUCAGAGGGGUGCCGCUGGAAAUGUUUCUAAAACUCUCACCCUAUUUCUUUAUAUUUUGAAGCAAACAUCGUUUUCUAAGAAUUGCUUCUCAGAUGAUGGUAGAAAAUACAUACGCUUUUGCAAGUUUAAGAGAAUUCAAAUUAACCAUUUUUGACUAGGUGAGCCUUUCUAAAAAUUACAUACAGAAAACAGCCUGGGCUUUCUGGGGCAUGAUGGGUGGGGGGCAUGGCUCCGGUGUGAGUGUCUCACUCCCCACCCAAUUUCUUGGCUGUCAUGAAUCAGGGGAGGGAAAUGAACUCUGUCUCAUCAACCCUUCUGUGCCCUGAAGCAAGCUAAACUGCUUUGUCUAUAUUCCUGGUAGCUAUUUAAUCUUUACUUCCUGUGCCAGCCUUGAUCUUAUUUGAUUUUUAAAAUUAUUUCCUUUUGACAAACUAAGUAUUUAUCCAUGUGCCCUACAGCUUCCUCUUAAUGCUUCUUUUUGAAGAACAUUUCAACGCGAAAAAGAGAUUAUUUGGGGGCUUAAGAUUUGCAGUGUUAUCAUCUAACCCCAAAGGUGUACAUUGAGGGAACUACCCAGCUACACUGCGAUGGAGGAAGAGAAAGCGGCAUAUAAACAAACCACUGUAUCUUCCCAUUGGCUGUCAGGAAGCAGAAGGAGCUGGUGACAGAUAUGCUUUGCAUAUGGCUUGCUACGUUUUCAUUUGGAUAAGUUUAAUGUAUGGCAAACUCAGAAAGGGGGAGGUGGUCACUUUAGGUUGAAACUUUCUAAACAGUGAAUGUGUACACAAUAAAAUUAAAACAAAGCCAACGUUUUCUGAAGCUUAGCGUACUUGAGUGGCAAUUACAAUUAACAAAAAACUCACCUAGCGUGUCUCUCCCAAGAGUGAAGUUCCCAUGAAUAACUUCCUGAGCCCUUCGAGGGGACAUGGAAGGACGGCACUGUGGACCCUAACCUGUGGAUAGGGUGAGGGCCCACUGCCUGACUACGUAAGCAUGUGUUUUUUUACCUUGCUAAAGGGGAGACUGUUGUCCCCAAAACUCAUGUUCCUUUCGGGUUUUGUGUACCGACUUGUCCAGUAAUAAAUGUAAGUGGUUUCCAUGAGUUGCCAGUGACCCUGCGUUGAAGAUCUCGGGAGUUCUUUCAUUUUGAGUUGGGUUUAUGGAUUUUUUUCCAACUGGUGAAAGGCAUGCAGCCUUCCCGGCCUCCCUCCCCUUUCAGCCAUAGGAAAGUACAUGUUUAGAAAAACCUUUGAGAAGCUAUGCCUUGUUCCCUGUGAAAGUGAGUGGGUGUGUGCACCGGAAGACCUUGUGCUUGGGUGCAGCAGAGGGGGUGGCCUGCGGGUCUCCACGUCGCUGAGCUGCACCGUUCCCAACCUGCUCCACGCUCCUGUUGCCAGCAGCACUCACCCGCCCCUUCGCCACUCCACUCCGCGUCGCUAUCUCCUCACAGCCUGGUGAAUAAAGCCGUGUGCUUCAUUUGUAAGCGC